GUUUUUGUGUUUCCGAUGAGAAUCCGUGCGAGAAGCCGGCUCCAUCGCACUUAAUUUUUACUUAAUGAUUAAGUUUUGUCGUCUGUUAUUUUUGUUAAUGCAUAAAAUUGCGCUUACAACGAAAAUAUGUCAGAAGACAAAGCAAUAACAGAAGAUAUGUGGACUCCGUACAAGGAGUUGCUAAGUCUCGUUGAGAAGUAUAUAAUAUCAGGACCUGAUAUUCAAGACCCACAGUAUCAUGAACUCACAGAAGCUUUGCGUAAUCACAGACAAAACUUUCUUACCAUCUUAAAAAAUCCACCAAAAAAUCCAAAAAGUCGCGAAGAGAUAAAAAAAGGAGUCACAGAUGGAAUAACACUGCCUGGUUUGGGUCAUCAGAUAUUGUCAAAGGAAUUGGUGGAUGAGACUGUUAUUAUAUCAGAUAUGUAUGAUUUGAAUGAAUUUAUGGCCCUGGAUCUUCUCUGUACGGCUCAGUUACAAAUGCCGCAUCAUCCUGGUUUAACUCGCGGUUUAACAGCCGUUCUUCUUUAUUACGACGGAAGAAAGGCAUUGACAUCAGUAUUAAGAACAUUGGUGCAUACUCGUAUCGGUCACAGUUGGGCGGUGGAUACACCAGUUGCACUUACAAGACAUAUUACGGAUUAUACAAACAAAUUGCAAGAGGAUGGUCUGCUGAACAGAAUUUUGUCUUUGGUAGAAGAAAUGGAUCCUACUAAGGAGCAAGAUUUACUGCAACAAAAUAAAGCAUUAGGCGGAGCGAAGCAUCAUCAGAUGGUCAUGAAACUUUAUAACGACACGCGACAGGAUCUGGCUGAUAUUUUAUACUUAUGGUCUGCCCAAACGUCUUUGCCAAAUAUAAUUCUGUUUCGUUUAUUAUCUAUAUUACAAACACGUCAAGUGGAAUCUGAAGCGGGUGAAGGUGGACCUGACAGGGUUACACUUGCGCUCAUUAUGGCUGUUUUAAAUGCCCUAAAUUUCAGCUUUUUACAUAGUCGUGAAAAUGGCGAAGAAUUAGUCAAUUCGAUGCCACUGAUAACGGAAAGGGACGCGUUAGAAGAAUUAAAUAAAAAAAUAAUGUCCACCAAUAUAAAUUGGGAAAGUGCUGGAUUACGAGGAGUGAUACAGUUCGCUUUGGCGGUAGCCAUGAUCACAAUUAAAACAACUUCCACUCAGUUUCAGUCGCAGAGCAUAACUAUGGAAGAUGAGAUGUUGAUCGAAGCGGCCUUGGCAAACAAGGCUUUUCAUUUUAUGGCCGAAGUUUUGUUUAAAAACAGUUACUUGCACCACGAAGAGUUUUACGUUCGUUAUUUUCACACUCUCAUCUCGGACUUCAUAUUACUGAUGCCUGUCAAAAUUAAAGAGCUGCGCAGUCGCGCCGACGAGUCCAUGCGUUUGAUACAAGCGUUUCAGCAGGAAGGUAUUGAACCUCCCAUGAAUCUGGACAAUCAUUUUGAAUAUUUAAUGUUAAUGGUAGCGGAACUCUACAAGAAAGAUCCGCUGAAGUUAAAUUUAGUCAUGGAUUAUUGGUGUCACCACACCGAUACGACUCACGUAACAGCUUCUGCGUACAUUAGCCGCCUGCCUUCCAGACAAGUUGCCUUGUUUAAAUUCAUUCGACUCGCGGGAGAAAUACUGCCGGCGGGUUUGUUCGUUCCGUAUAUGAAAAUGAUUUCGUCACUCGCUUCAUCGACACAGGCAGCUAGACACGCAUUCAAUUUUUUCAAACCAAACGGGUCGACUGGUUCAGCAACGAUUUCGUGGGAUCAUUUUUUCAACUCCUUGAGUCGAUAUUAUUACAAUUUGAGACAGGAAUUGCCUCCCAGUCAAGACACAGUGUACAGACAACGAUGUCAUCCGAAAGGAAUUAUGCCUCAGGAAGUCAAGGGUCUUGAAGCGGUGCUUUCGGUCGUUCAAGUAAUCGCUAAGAACGACGAGAUGUCGAGAGUCGCUAUAUGCGAUCAUCCAAAUUGGAAGGUUCUCCCGUCCCUGAUCGGUUUGGUGAGCUGCGCGAUGCCGAUACCGCUAAAAGGUGUGCUGGUGAGAACUCUCGCGGCACUUGCCAGAUCACCGGAAAGUUCGUCCGUGGUUUGGCAGAGUUUGGAAGCUGCUCAGAUUCUCUCCACUAUACCGACCACAAGCAGUUAUCAACCGAGAGGUGUGCAAACUGAACUGGAAGAAAUCGAAUCUAGAAACGAGGAGUAUCCAUUGACACGCGCCGUGCUGGAACUGUUGGAUGUUCUAACUAAUUUUCCGAUACCUCGUCUGCUUGGUGUCGGCCAACGGAAUCCAGGAUUUGAUCCGUACUUGCAUUUUAUCAUUAAUAUCGUCUUCUUGAAAUUCUACACGCGUUCGUACAAAAAUCCCGCUGAGAAGUGGGAAGUGGCCGAGGCGUGUUUGAAAAUAUUCUCCAAGUUGAUAAAACAAUACGAGCCAGCUGUGGAGGAUUUCGAGGGUUGUAGAGUCGAGUUGCAAGGCGGUGAAACCACCUUGGUGAAUUCGGCCCCGGGAUAUCAUCUAAUGACGAGCUUGCACAUUAAGCUUGCCGCUUCUGAAUUACUGUACGUCAUAUUACUCAUCCUGGACGAGGGAUGUCAUCAUUUUGACACUUACGACAAUUUUCCUGGCAAGAAGCACCUUGAAAAUUGCAGUUUGUAUUGUUUGGAAAUAUUAGAACGCGGACUGAAGACGCAAAAUAAUUACAUGGCGCAGCUGGCCGCCAUACCGUCCGAGAACAAACUUAUGACGGGACUGUCGCGUUUGUUGCUCGGAGUGAAUCCUCGCACAGGCAAACCGGAUCACAUGAUUAAUAUCGUGAAGUACGUUUCGUACAAUUCGUGGCUACCGAAGCAAGCUUUCGUGGCUGUUGGCGUUAUUCAGGGUGUAACCACCGAGCCCGGAGCGGACUCCGAAUUGUUGUCAACAUUCACGUCAACGUCUACUCUAGCUACGAACAUCAGACACGGAUUUGUCGAGUGUCUAGAUGCGGAGAGCGUUUCGGAAGACGAAGAUGAGACAGCAGCCGGCGAACAAAGCAGACUGCAAAUUGGCAAUUGCAAAGAGAGGAUAUUGCUGUUGAUGAUGCACAGUAUUACACGGCCUGCGCCCAAUCUCGCGCACUAUUUGCUCGGUUUUGAAAUAACCAAAGAUAUCAGAAAGACCGUUAUUCAGCAACCGGGUAUUCUAGGAUUUCCACGCACUUGUUUGCAUUCUAUCCUGGGUAUUCUCGAACAGUCUCUCGAUCGCGGUCGCGACAAAAUAACCGAAGCCUGUUACUGCUAUCUUCAUACAUUGACAGCCAAUAGCAAAACGUCAGCACCAAUUCUCAGAUUUCUGCGAGCAAUCAGUACCACCAGCAGUCAGGACUUCGUGCAGAGACACCUCUCGAAAUUACCGUUCCAAGGACCGAACAGAUCGACCGAGCUCGGCUGCAUGUCUUGGCUAAUGAAGAUAGCCGCUAUCGAGUUGCGUGUUGCUGGCGGCAGUCUGCAGACUUCCUUAAUUCAACGACUGGUGGGAAAUGUGAAUCAGGAUAAAGAUCAGAUUGUACCGUCCCAGAAGCUCUUAAUGGAUCUUUUACACUACAUCGACUUCCAACUCUACCUGGAACCCACGAAGUCAUGGGAAUUCUUUGAUCCGUCGCAAAUCGAAGUGGUUUUGGGCAAAUGCAGCACACCCGUCGCGUUAAUGGGCGGUCCGCGACUCAUCGACAUUCGUAAAUUGCAUUCCCUCAUCACCGAGGAAUUGACGGUCACGCAGAGCAGCGCGACCGCCACUCAGCGCAAACUUAUGCAGCAAGAAGUAAAAUCCGUACUCGCAUACGCGCUGAAGAAGAAUCAGACCAAAGUCUUAUCUUACGCAACGGUGAAAUUCGUGGAGGGUUGGUGCCAAACUACAGAGAUACUAUUCUCCGUCGCGACCGAUCAACAACUCCCGGCGAGUCAAAGACAGAGCCUUUUGCUGAAUUUGUCGCACGAUCUUCUACAGAAAAUGACCUCUUGCGAAGCUCUGAGCGAAAUCAAGACGUUGGUGUCCGGCACGGUCUUGAUGCUGUUGGUGAACUUGCGAAACAGUUUUGUAGUCCAGUCGGACAACGAGUUAUUGCCGUCCUCACCGUCAAAUACAACAAUGAUGAAAAUUAUUCUAAAUCACAUUUUACAAUGGAUCAUAAAUGCCGGUGCUUCUUCACAAAAGGUCGUUACGCAUCUCUACGCGGCCUUAUUGAACUUCCUGAGCAUCGUUGGUUUUGAAUUCGAACACGUAAACGUAAUCGACUCGAUGUACAUCAGACAAUUGGAUAGUUCGCUCAACAAGCUCAUGCCUACCCAGGAACGUUUGCAGCGUUACGCGACAAUUCAAGUCAUCAACAGUUUCGGGAAUCAGUUGAUGGACAUUUUGUGCCACAGCUGUUCCGGUGGACACGACGUGUGCAAGAUGCUCGCGUUGUCCUGUCUGGACAAGAUUCUGGAAUUGGAUUGCGACAACGCCUGGAUGAUAUAUUUGACGAGCAGAGGCUAUUUGAAGCACAUGAUAGACAGUCUGUUGGAAUCGGACAAUAUGCUGCGAUUCAUGCUGCAACCGGAACCGCAGACUCUGCGACCUUUGUAUCUUUACGAAGCGAAAAUAGCCAUUUUUUGCAGAAUGGCGUCAACAAGAUUCGGCGCGGAGAGUCUCCUGGAGAACAAGAUCCUGUCCUGUAUGUCUACUAUGUGCGUGUUCGAUCAACAUCCCGAUGUUCACGUGGGUUUUGAGGGUGGCGAUUACUCGUUUAUACCGUCGGUCGGACAACGUUACCAGCAGAUCUUUCUACCGGCUUUGUAUCUUUGCGACGCUCUGUUCACCACCCUAGGAACGGAGAAUCAAUCGUGCGCCGUGCAAGUCUGCAGUUUCUUACAAAGUCACAGAGAUACCGUAGAAAUGACUUUGAGAAACGCGUUCUCCCAUGCCAAUAAACUUUUCUUGAAGGAAAUAGCGUGUCUCACCGGUGUGAUAUCCAGAUCGGCAAAUAUAGACAUGUACAAACUUGUGGAAGAGGAAUUGGCGAGAACAGAUAUAGAUGAUUACAAAGUGGAGAGUACCACGGGGAUGAGGGAGUUGCGGGCGCAUCUCUACCGCCUACAGAAAUUGAUGCUCUCGUUACUGAAAAAAUUCCAAAUGCACUCGAUUCCGAUAAACCACAAUUAUCAGGAAGCCGAUGCGAACCAACAAUAUAUUUCUUGUAUACAGAUAGUCGCCAACAUCAUGUUGUAUACACGCAAUCAAAUGCAACACAGUCACAUGGAUCAGAAAAUAAGGAAUGUGCUGUUCGAUCCUCACUUAACGCUGAAACCAGGAGGAAGACAGGACACAAUAAAGGACACUUCCGGUGGUGUGCAUUUGGGCGUGAUAGUCGAACAGCUGGUUUCUGUGACAAAUUUACUACACACUGAAUUACCUCAUAUCGAUUCCUUGAUAAAGAAGUCGUCAAUGGUAGCCGACAUGAAUACAGCGGAACUAAAGAAGUACAUGUCUGAUAACGAGCUGGAACUCGAUGUGGAAAAGCAACGAAUGCUUGUCGAGCAACGAUUGAAUCGUUGGGUGAAGGACAAGCGACAAAGCAUAAAAUAUUGUUCUUUUAUAAUAGAGCACGCGUUGUACAUUCUUUGGAGUCAUCUGGACUUUUAUACCAUGCUGGUGAUAUCGCGGCAAACUCAAAGGGUGCACGUAUCGUCGGGAGGCGUUGACGACAGUAUGAUAGAAUGGAAGGUCUCGUCGGAAACGUUAAUGGAACUGAAGCAAGGACUCGUUGCCACGUUCACAGAUACUUUUAUUACACAGUUACUGGAAACAACGCACAGCGAAUACGCGACGUUGGAUCGUAGCUUCAUCGAAGCUCUCAUAAGACGAAUUAAAAGACUGCUACAAUUUAUAAUUAUAAAAUGAUAAAAGGUCUAUACACU